AUGGAGCAGGUGAUCCUGAAAGCAGAGAGCCUGCAUGAGACCAGUGUGCGCCAGCUUACAGACCUCUUCUACAACUCACCAGAGGAGCUGCCAUGGACCCGGACAGAAUGUGUCAUCGAUGUAGUCCAGACUGUCGCCUACCUGGAUCAGGCUGUUGUCUUCCUCUACAAGUCCAUAAGUUACAAAGGCCUGAGGUGCCCAGACGACCUUCCCUCGGGCUGUGCCGCCAGCGUGGCUGGGUUUAUCACUUCUCUCAGCUGGAUCGCCUCGUAUAUCGCCUCCUCGGCCAAUGCCUGUGGGCAUGCCGUGAACUCCGGGGCCUUGUGCGCCGCGGACUUCGCCUCACUAGUGGCCGACUUUGGCGAGAUCGCCAGCGCCAGCGCUGCCGUGAGGGCGGAUUGCAGCCAAAACACCACUAGCACUUUGACCAGGGCAAGGGCAUGGAAGCAAUUCUUACCGGCCGGGGCAGGGCCCGAGGUCUUAAAGGGGUCACGGGAUGCCAAACGCGACGAAGGCUUCGACAUCGCCCAGUGUGUGUCUGAUGUCAGCAACUCAGCCGCCUACAUCGUCCGUGCCAUCCUUCAAAUCCGCACGGCUGCCGUUGAUUGCCCUGAUCCCAAAGCCUGCGCCAUCGACAUCAUGAAUGUAAUUUCUUCCUUCGCUUGGGUUGCCCAGUUUACCGCACUGGCCGUGUCGGAUUGCGACCUGGGUGCGAACCAGGCGCUCUGCUCUGCAGAUAUCUCCGACAUGCUAGCCGCCGUAACCAGUGGACCUGCUUCUGGCAUUGCCACAUCCUCCGACUGCGCUGAUCGUCGCGUUGCGACUCCCGUGCUUUAG